AAAACCCACCCGCACCAGAUCUCUACAGAUCCCACCGUCCAGCUCUCUUUUCCUUAACGGCGACCUACCAACAAACGGACAAGAAAAUGCCAAUUUGUGCUCCAAAAUCGUCGCGACGAUUGCUGUGGGCAGCUCUCCUCGUCGCCCCGCUCGUCGCUGCGCUCUACCAAUUCCCGAUCCAAAUCCUAAAUCCCCGCGCCCCAGAGCCGAAGGCCGCCCCCGCCACCGCCGCCAUGGACGCCGGCCCCGAGCUGGAGCUGGAGCUGGAGCUGGAGUACGAUAUGCCGGGCGUCCUGCGCGUGCACAAGAGCGGCCGCGUCGAGCGCUUCGACGGCGUCGAGACCGUCCCGCCCUCCCCCUCCGGGGACCCCUCCAACGGCGUCGCCUCCAAGGACGUGGUCCUUGACCCCGCGGCCAGCAUCUCCGCCCGCCUCUACCUCCCCGCCGCCGCCGCCGCGGAGCCCGGCAAGAAGUUCCCCGUCGUCAUCUUCUUCCACGGCGGCGCGUUCUUCGUCCACACCGCCGCGUCCCCGCUCUACCACAGGUACUGCGCCUCCCUCGCCGCCGCGGUCCCCGCAGUCGUCGUCUCGGUCGACUACCGUCUCGCCCCGGAGCACCCCAUCCCGGCCGCCUACGAGGACGCCUUCGCGGCCCUCAAGGCGGUCGUCGGCGCGUGCCGUCCGGGCGGCGCCGAGCCCUGGCUCGCCGCGCACGGGGACGCCUCCCGCGUGGUCCUCGCGGGCGACAGCGCCGGCGCCAACAUGGCGCACGCCACGGCGAUACGGCUGGGGAAGGAGGGCAUCGACGGGUACGGCGACAAGGUCAGCGGCGUGGCGCUCCUGAACCCCUACUUCUGGGGGAAACAGCCGGUGGGCGGGGAGCCGACCGACGCCGGGUACCGCGGCGGCUUCGAGCGCGCGUGGCAGGUCAUCUGCAGCGGCAAGUUCGGGCCCGACCACCCGUACAUCAACCCGGCGACGGCCCCGGAGGAGUGGAGGCGGCUCGGGAGCGGCCGCGUGCUGGUCACCACGGCGGAGCACUGCUGGUUCGUGGAGCGGGCGCGCGCGUACGCGGAGGGGAUCAAGGCGUGCGGGUGGGACGGCGAGCUCCAGUUCCACGAGACCAAGGGCGAGGCGCAUGUCUACUUCCUGCCCAAGUACGACUCCGACACCGCCGUCGAGGAGCUCGCCAUGGUGGCGGAUUUCGUCAGGCGCUGUUGAGGAUCUGCUUGCUUUCAUUCAGCAAUAAAGGAGCACAUGAUUUGUGAUGUAUUUCGUGUGUUUUCUGCUGUGAAUUUGUGGAGUUCAUACGAAAGGAUCAAUAUUUGCAUUGUUGAGCAAGACUUGUUGAUGAACUCUUGUUCUGAUUACAGUUAACACGAAAGGAUCAAUAUUUGCAUAGGCAACAAAAA